UAAGACUUGUGGACUUAAUGGCUGGCUGGGGAAUUCUGGGAGUUGAAGUCCACAAGUCUUAAAGUUGUCCAGUUUGGACAUCCCUGAAGUAAGGGAUAAUUAUAUGAAAAUUUAAAAAAAACACCCUUUUUUUAAAAAAAGAGAGAAUUGCGUUUCUUCCUUUCUUCGGUUCCUCCGAUCCACGAGAGACAGGAUCCUCGGCAACACAACACAACACAACACAACACACACACACACACACACAGCCACCCCUAUCUACCUUGCAGAAAGCUCUCCCUCUGCCUGGCGCAGCGGAGAAAACCAGGCAGGGAGGAGAGGAGGAAAAGGAUCCCCGAGUUUGCGCGCACCUGGGCGGGGCACUAAGCCCCGCGCGCGCUCUCGCCGCGCGAUCCAAAAGCCGUGACGCUGCGCGAAAGAAUUGGCCAAAUUGUUCGGUUUCCUUCCCGGCCGCUCCGGUUUCCUAGCUUAGGAGGGUUGCGCAAGAAAGGGAGCGGCCGGCCCCGGAUCCGGUGCCGACCCCGAAGGGCGAAAGCCAGCGGUGGGCUCCACGCGCAACGCUUGAGCCACCAUGCCUUUCCGGAAAGUAUGUGGUCCACAGCUCACCAAUUCCCCCACCGUAAUCGUGAUGGUUGGACUGCCGGCUCGCGGGAAAACCUACAUUUCCAAAAAACUCACCCGCUACCUCAACUGGAUUGGAGUGCCGACGAAAGUGUUUAACGUGGGGGAGUAUCGGCGCGAGGCUGUGAAACAUUACAGCUCUUACAACUUCUUCCGUCCAGACAAUGAGGAGGCCAUGAAAGUGCGCAGACAGUGUGCCUUAAGUGCCUUAAGAGACGUCAAGCUCUACCUGUCUGAGGAAGGUGGACAGAUUGCGGUUUUUGACGCCACCAACACGACGCACGAGCGAAGAUCAAUGGUCUUGCAUUUUGCCAAAGAAAACGGAUACAAAGUGAGUGACAUUUUUGAACCAAAAUAUGAGGGAUUUUAAGACUUGGUGUACUGAUCGGGAGCUGACGUCGCGGUGACACGGCGGCUAAUCUCAGAGCUCCGAGAUCGCUGCCGAAAUUCCAGCCUCAGGACGGUCCAAUUGGACCUAAACCGUCCUGAAGAGACGGUGAUAGGAAAGGGCAUAUCCUGCCGAUCCCAGAGACACCCGCAAAGUCACUGGUGAUCCAGGAAUAGCCCUUUUGCCAACGGCUAGGAAGCAGCCAUCAAGGCUGGUGAAACUGCUGACAGCUUCGGAAGUGAAAGUGCAGGAGAGAGCCUGCCAUUCAUGGUGAGAUUUUUACCUUUUUCCUGAUUUAUGAGGAAAUGAAGAGAACUAAUUUAAAAUAAAUGAAGAGAACUAAUUUAAAAUAAAAACUGAU